UGCGGGGAGCUAUUGGCUCGUUUGCUCAAGUGUUUGUGACCAUUGCCAUCCUUUUCUCUUAGAUUCUUGGACUUCCGUUUUUAUUGGGAACUGUUUAGAGAUGGCCGUUUAUAUUUGCCUUUACUUUUGUACUUUUUUAAAAUUCUAAUCUAAUCAAUUAUCCGUACACCUCUACUACCUCAGGGCUUUUAAAAGGUUUUACGGAAGCCGGAUCUACUCAAUUUUUGGUUGAUUAUGGUUUCUGUUCUCGUUCAACUGCGCACUCUUACAUUCUGCCCUGAGACUCCUGAAUUCACUAUUGUUGUUAAAGGUCAAAGAGAUCAAGCAGAGAAAGACUUGAAAAAACUUUGUGAGAGUGAAGAUGUUCAAGCUGAACUUGACUUAAUUUCUGAUGAGGGUGCAAAAGCUAAUUCUGGACCUCCUUCCUCAAUGAAAGACAUUUAUGGUAUCAAACUUCCAUGGCCUUUGUUACUUGUUUUGUCUAUGAUGAUUUCUCAAUAA